GUGCAACUGUGUGCUUACACACUGAAUAUGGACCACCACGAUGAUCCAAACACUAAAUCCCUGGUCUAUAAAAUCAUUGCCUACCUUUUGCCAAAUGACUUGGAAGUUUGUCGAGCUUGUGCCCUCGCAGUUUUCUUUCUGGAACGCAGUGUGGAAGCUUAUACCACAGUGUAUAAUCUUUAUACUUUUCCAGAUCAGGAAUAUCAUGUGGAUCACAAUUUGGUUAAAAAUCAAGUACGUUUUGAGUUACUCCAAAUCUUAAAAAAAGGAUUGUACUUUGACCCAGAGUUUUGGAACCUUAUUAUGCUGAAGAAAAAAUGCAUGUCCCUAAUGGGUGACGAAGCAUUAUUGUUUGCCUUAAGUGAAACUGUAGAAGAGGAUGAGCUGCCUCUAGUUGACCCUAAUGUGCUUUACCCAAGAGUAUCACCACCACACCAUGUCAAAGAGGACAAGUUGCUGAAACACCGUUUUAAAAAAGCAGAUCAGAAGUCAUCCAGACGAUGGGCAAGACGGCUUGAUUUAGCUGCAGAAGACAAUGUCAGAAAAGUUCAAAAGAAGUCGCGAAAGCGUAGACUCAAAGAAACGGAUAAGAAAUCACUAAGACGCUCACUCAGACAGCUUGAUAUAAUUCAAGAAGGCCAAGCCAAGCAGCACGACAAGAAAACACAGAAGCACACUGCCAGUCAACGGAUUAAAAAGUCUCAAAAGCAUCCUGUCAGACUGCAUCAUAUGAUAGCAGUGGAGCCUGUUCAGAAAAUGGAAAAGUUGCCAAAACACCCUGUUGGACGACCUGAUAAAGCACAAGAGUCUGUAAAACAACUGGAAAAUAAGUCUCCACAACACCCCAUCAAACAAAUGCAUACACCAGAAGUCCCCAUCAACCAAUUGAAUACAAAGUCACCAAAACAGGAUGCGACUCCAGGAGACUUCAUGAAAGAGUCAGACGAGAGCGCACAAGGACCUGUUGAACAACCUGGUCAGAAGGCACCAGAAAAUCAUGUCGACCAACUUCUUAAGGUAUCAGAACACCCUGUUCAGGAGCUGGAUGGAGCACCAGAAGUUUUAGUCAAAGAACAAGGUGAAAAGACAGAGGAUCCUAUCAAACACCCAGAUAAGGUGCCAGAUGACGCUGAGAAACCAGCUAAUGUGGCACCUGAGUUAGCUGUCAUAGAACCAAAUGCAAAACUAGAGAGCCCAGUGUUAGAAUCGGCCAGGAAUCCAGAAGGCCCUGUUAUAGAACUAGAUGCAAAACUAGAAUCCAUAAGGACACUAGAAGGAUCUGUCGCUAAAUCGGAUACUAAACCAGAACUUCCCCUUAUAGAAACGAAGAGGGCACAAGAAGGCGCUGUCCUAAAUCUGAAUGUAAAACCAAAAAGUCCCUUUUUAAAACAGGAUAAGUUGCAAGAAUGCGCUGUGGCAGAACAGAAAAUAUCAGAAGAGUGCAUUGUGACAGAACCGAUUAGGUCUCAAGAAUGCAGUAUUGAAGAACCGGAUAGCUUACGAGAAUGCGCUGUGGCUGAACCGGACAGGUCUCAAGAAUGCAGCAUUAAAGAACCGGAUAGCUUACGAGAAUGCGCUGUGGCUGAACCAGAUAGGUUACGAGAAUGCACUGAGGCUGAUCCGGAUAGGUUGCAAGAAUACUCUGUGGUUGAACCGGAUAAGGCUCAAUGCACUAUUGAAGAAUCGGAUAAGUUACGAGAAUAUGCUGUGGCUGAACUGGAUAGGAUUCAAGAAUGCAGUAUUGAAGAACCAGAAAAGUCAAAAAAAUACACUGUGGUGGAACCUGAAAGGUCACAAGACAGUGCUGUUAUAAUACCAGAUAAAACUGAAGAUGACCUUGUUAAACAAGAAGAAACUCUGUGUGCUGAACAACCUGUACUGCGACUGCGGAAUCGACAGAAAGUCAUUAAAAAUGCCCAGAAAGACAACUCUCAUCUUGGUUCACCCAAAACUGACCACAGUGUUCCAAAGACUCUCUGUAUAUUGUGCAACAGGGAAUUUCUUGGUGGCCAUAUCAUAAGGCAUGCAUUGAUUCAUGCACGUAAGGGUACGUAUUCAUGCGCUAUGUGUGGCCGAAAGUUUAAACAGCGGGUAUGCUUGCAAAAACAUCUGAAAGAUCAUAUGAAGAAAAUAAAACUAAAACACUCCCCUGAUGACCAACUGCCAAAUGCAUGCACUCCUGUUGAAAAUGGAACUUCAGAGGACUUACCUGAACAUACCUUUUCUGAACUUGUACUACCAGAAAAUAUGCGUAAAAAUCACAGGCAGUCAGUCGCUGCUGUUGAAAACUGCAUAGAUAAACAAAAUAACAUUGUUCCUAAAAACUCAGACAGUAGCCCAAACAGCUGUUUGAGUAGUCCCCCACUAAACUCAAUUGACAAAAAUACAAAAGAUUCAAAUUCCAAUAAAGACCAGUGUCUAGUUAAAAGAGCUAACGGAUCUGUCAUUAAGCAAAAUAAAUCUAGGCAAGAGAAAAGACAAUUUAGUUGUCCUGCUCAGGGAUGUUCAAAGUCUUAUAAUGAAAGGUGGAUUGUCAUUAAACAUGCAAGAAAGGCACACCCAGAAGACAUGAAAGUCAAGGAGCAUAUCAUGAAGUUACACAAAGGAAAGUGCCGGUACUGCCAAAGAGAAUUUAUGGAUUGCAAGCAUUUCCUUGACCACCUCAACAGACACACAGACAACAAGAAGUACUUCUGUCUGCAUUUAAACUGCAGUGAGCGGUUCAAGACAGCUGGUGAACUUCUGGCUCAUGUAAAGAGCCACGCAGUGUUACAGGCACAGUGUGCAGUUGAUGGCUGCUGUGAAAUUUUUUCUGAUCUCUCCUCACUUCACGAUCACGAGUGUCAGCAUUAUUCUGACAAAACAGUUAAAGGGGCCUCGAAGGAAACCUCGCCACCUGUCAUAGAAACUGUCUCUGAAACCAUCUCAGAACCUAAAAGCUCUCUGGUGAAAAAUGAAACAAAAACAGUCGAGGACUCAACUUGGAAGAUGAGAAAAGAGUCUACAAAGACUUAUUUACAAUGUACAGUCCUGAAACUCGGUACGAAUGCAAAUCUAAACGAAAAAGUCUUGCCAGUGGCAAGUUCUGUAGACCAAACCGACAUACUGGAAGAUAGAUGUUCUGCUUCUGUUUCAAGAGAGCAGCUCUUGAAUGGUCACAGCAGAGAGAAGACCUCCAUGGAAGAUCAAACUGGAAGCAAAGCGGAUGCGGUUGAGAAGAAACCUGAUCAAUCAGAAAGCAAAGUGGAAGUAGAAAAAAAGGAACCGGAUCCUCCAGAAACCCAGAUGAAUGUUACCCAAAAGACACCUGAACAUCAGUCUUCCCAUGUUGACGGUGCUCCAAAAAGUACCAGUCCCAUAUCCAAGGCCCAAUUCAAAAAGGAGAAGGCAUGCGGGGAAAAAACAACCCUCUAUGGUGGUGUCUCAAAGAGGCCAUUUGUCAGACCGCCACCUUCAGCCUACCUUGAUGAACAGUACAUUAGCAUGCCUAAACGGAGGAAAACAUUGUCUCCAAAGGCAGAAUCUAAAGCUACUAAACCAGAAAUGGUAGCAAGUAAAAGCGUUCAGAGGCACAGGUGUAGCAAAUGCUUCACUAUAUUCAGUGACUUGGAAACACUGAAGAGUCAUCUUGCACAAAACAAAUGUCGGACGCUAUUUGGAUUUGAUUCAGAUGAAGAAAGUGUCUGAUGGAGCCAUGCCUAGCCAAGUCUGAAGAUGCUGUGCCCCUUAAUCAUUAGUUCUGUGAUCAAAGGCCGAUUCUGAACUAUCUCAUAUUACAGUAGAUAUUUGUUUGGACUAUAAGAAAAAGCGCACUUUUUCAAACAACACUCCACAGCAAGGAGAGCAGGGGAACUGCAAAAGACGUGUUUUAAGUCAGACAUGUUUUAAGAAAAAAAAAACACACACACAAUCUCAGAGGUACCCUAGUUCUCUGUAUGCAAAUAGCCAAAAAAUAUAUAAAAUAAGUAUUUAACUUUAGAUCCACCGUUUGACAUUUGUUAAUUUAAGUAGGAGAAAAGAUUCUUCUUCUUAUUAUUAUUAUUAUUUGUUUGGGUUUGGGAAUGACGACGACCACCUGUAAAGUGCCUAGACCCAAUUGAUCAGGUGCUGUUGUAAAUUAUUGGAAUAUAUUGGAACCAGUUGGGAUGUAGCAGGAAUUGUGCUGACAUGCAGAGUGGACUGCCUUGGAAAACAUCUGAUCUGGAAAAAUCCUACAAUAUGUACUGCUUCGGUUAAAUAAUAUUAUAGUGUUCUUGAUCUUUGCCUGUAGUGCUUGCUUUUUAUUAUACAAUAAUAAUGCCCAAGCCUUCACUGCUUUCCAGGACACUCAGAUUUGCUCACAGAUUCUGACCAUCUGUUUGCAACAACACACCCCAUUUUACAUUUUUUGUCUUAAUGCAGCUGUUGUAUUCAGACCAGAUGCGAACAAAAAAAACAGGACUGUUGGUGGUGUGGGAUUGGGAUCAUUGUGCUCAGUGAUCAGAAAUAUUGAGCCAUUACAGAAAUUAGCUGUUAAGGUGGGGAAACAAAACUCAGACAAAUGUCAGGGCCAAUGUGUACCAAUAGUGGACAAAAAUCACAUACACAGGAACAGCAGCUAGCCCUUUAAGAAAGAUGAUCAUCUUUACAGACUUCAUUUUUAAUAUGGAUUGGCUGGCUUAUGUUUGAAAAACAAUGUUAGAAAUUUAAAAAAUAUAAACAAAUGGAUAAUGAGUAAUUUUAAAGCUUUAUUAAAACCUACUGUACAGUACUUUGUUGGUGCGUUAAUUUGAGAGACUUAGAAGACUGAGGUUAAUGCGUUGGCAGCUAAAACGUUACUGAAAGCACUGACACAUGUAUGCUGUAUUAACAAAUUAAUGUCUAAAAUGACCAGGUAUCUCUAGGAGUAAACUGGUGUGUAUUUUGUUUUGUUUCUUGUUAAUUUAUAAUGGCUUGUAUAUGAACACAAAAGUCUCCUUGUUGGACUGGUUCUCAUUGCCUCUUGCUUUAUAGCCAUAAUGUUUAAAGAAGGAAUUCCUGUAGAUUUAACAGGAAAAUACAGAUUUCUCCCAUUUUAAAAAAAUAAAUAAAAUAAAAAAAACAUGAAACAAACUGAAGAUGUUGCUUUAGGUAAGGUAGUCCAAGAUUAGUGCUAGUUGGGAUCUGGACUCGGCCAUGAUUGUUCCAUUUAAUAAAUGGCAUAUAUGCUUGCUACAGGAGUGAUUGAUGCUGGAAAAGGCCUACAGAGUCUCGCCACACACAUCUCUCCACUUUAUAAACCAGAAGGUGCUUGAUCAUUUUGUGUUCUUGUCAGAAAUAUAUUCAUUAGGCAGUUGUUAACCUGGUAAAUGUGCUCAACAAAGGGCUCCAAACCUUAAUGGAGUGAUUGGACGGUGCAGCUGUAUUUAGGAUAGUGGGGAUGUCCAUGUCAGACAGAAUUGUAGAUUGCCACAGUACCUGGAAAUAUCAAAGUGAAUUGAUAAUGUGUCAAAAUAAUUGAUAUUUCAGUGGAUGUCCCUUGUAAAUAAUUGUAUAUAAUAUAUCUAUAUAUAUAUUUAAAGCUAUUUCAGAAUGUUCAUGUCAUUACCAAAAGUUUUGCUCUCCUUAAGGUUAUUUGCACUAAUGGCAAAGACAGAGAACCUCUUGAGCUGUGCUGUGCUGGUGAUUUGGUACUGUACUUUGUAAGUUUUGGAUAAUUUCUACUAUAAAUAAUGCAGUUUCAAACUCAAAUGUUAUUUUCACUAGUAAUUUGUAAGAAUAUAAAUAUUUUUAAUCUUACCAGAAACUUUAAAAAGUGUGGGCUUCCUUGUGCAAUGUUUAAGUAUUACACUUUUUCUUUUCUUUUUUUCCUCCAUUUAAUAUAGCACUAAGCUGGUACUGAGCCAUUAAACUGCGAUAAACCUACAGUAGUCACAGCUGAUUAAGGUUGCUGUUCAUUUUGUGCAAAGGUAAACUUUCCCAAGCAAGAAAAAAUGACAGUUUUAUACAUUAUUUGGACUUCUUUAAUAAACUGUCUUUGUUGUUGAAUCAGGCUGAUUCUUUCUAAUUGUAUUUGAGAAUCAGGAAAGCCUUGUAUACUGUAACAAAAAGCAAUUUUUUUUAAAUUUAUUGUAGUGAUACCAUCUUUUGGUGUCUGAUGUUCUUCAACAUUUAUGGCUGGAUGGAUCAUUGUAGUCAGA